AUGUCAUUCAUCCCUCCUGUCGUCCACGAAUGGACUCAAACUGCCCUGGCCAAUCUGCCUCCUCCAGUGCAGCAGGCAUUGCUGCACCCGCUGGUUCCUAAAGCUCUCGCUGCCAUCCUAGCUUUCACUGCACUGCGCCAAACCAACCGCGCCUUCAACUCGCUAUCCCUUAGCAACUUCAGCACCCGGAAAUGGGACAACGCCCGCGAACUCGUCCUCCUCACGGGCGGAUGCAGCGGCAUCGGUAAACAAAUCAUGACAGAACUAUCCAGCCACGGCGCGAAAGUCAUCAUUCUCGACAUUAAUGAACCCUCCUUUAAGCUCCCACCCAACGUCCACUUCUACAAAGCAGACAUCACCUCCUCCGCCGCGCUGCACCCAGUCGCCGAACAAAUCCGGCGCGAACAUGGCCACCCCACAGUCCUGGUGAACAACGCGGGCGUUGCCAACGACGGGACAAUCCUCGACGAAACCGAGGCGAAAAUCAGAUUAACGUUCGAAGUUAACACGAUAUCGCACUUUCUCAUGGUGAAGGAGUUCCUCCCCGCUAUGAUUGAGCGCAAUCAUGGCCAUGUAGUGACAGUGGCUAGUUUGGCUAGCUUCAUGUCUCUCGGGGAAAUUGUGGAUUAUAGUUGUUCGAAGGCAAGUGCGUUGGCGUUUCAUGAGGGGUUGGGGCAGGAGUUGAAGUAUUGGUAUAAGGCUACGGGGGUGAAGACUAGUGUGGUCCACCCACUUUGGGUCCGCACACCCAUGAUCCAGCAGCUUACGGAUGCCGGGAAGCAAUUCAAACAGCCCGUUUUGACGGUGGAGAGGGUGGGGAAUACGAUUGCGAAGCAGAUUCUGUCUGGAAGGAGUGGACAGAUUAUUCUGCCUGAAUCAUUGUGGUGGAUUAGUUUGGUGCGGGCGUGGCCGACGUGGUUGCAGGAGACGGCGAGGGGGUUGGCAUCGAAGGAUUUGGUCAAGUUGAGGGCGUGGCAGAAGGAGAACGAUGUUUGUAAAUAG